GUAGUUGUUCACUUGUGCGAGGAUUUCGCAGCCAUGCCGCGAAAAGUGGACGUGGAGGACUUGUCGCUGCGUCAGAUCAGCGACGAGCUGCUCCCAAGGGAUGCAGCGCAAAUCCAAGCAGUGGCAGCCGAAGCGCUCUCAAGAGGCGAGCGAGCUCUUCAUAUCACGGAGGACUUCGCACGAGAGCACUACAAAGACGAAGCCGCGCUUGCGCAGCUCUACGAGGUCGUGGACCGCCUUCGAAUCGCCGCCAAGGAUGUCCAAAACUACGUCGACAGAUCAUUGCUGUUGACCCAUGGUUUUGUGCCCAUCAUCGAGAGCACCUACCCGUGUCACGGGGGCAACCAAGCGGUGUCGUUGGCCCACAGCCUGCAUUUGUCACUUGGACGUGUGAAGGAGUCAGUUGGGGGUGGAGGUCCGACCUCUGGCCACUUGCCACCGACGCCAGGAGCUGCCGACCUGCUGGCCGACACAGAGCGGACAAUCGGGUCGGUGACAGGGAACGCACCCGACGGCCUGCAGCCCAUGCUGGAGGAGAAGGACGAGCAAGACGAGGAGAAUGUGCUCAUGUCCAUGGCUCCGGCGGCCCCGGUGGCCCCCUGUUUAGCCUCAGUCAGGCACGAAAAGCGGCGAUUCUCGCGCUUCUUGUGAGCAUUGCGCACGUUAACGAAGAUUCCAUCGGAAAAGACGGCCGACUUGCCAAGCCGUGCAGCUUUCAGAAGACGCACACGUUAGAUCUCAAGUCUGACACACAGACCGAGGGAUCAUACCAGCAUGC